AUCGCGCGGCGGCGGGAGUUCGGCGGGCCGUCGGAGGCAGCUCAGUCCGGCGCCGGCCGCCGUCCGGUGAGCAGCACCGCCGGCCGCGCCGACCGGUGGACCCAGCCAGGUCUCCGGCUGACCGGAUAGGGUGACCUCAGCACCUGACCGGACAGGGUGACCUCAGCACCUGACCUCACCAGCUGACCGGACAGGGUGACCUCAGCACCUGACCGGACAGGGUGACCUCAGCACCUGACCUCACCAGCUGACCGGACAGGGUGACCUCAGCACCUGACCUCACCAGCUGACCGGACAGGGUGACCUCAGCACCUGACCUCACCAGCUGACCGGACAGGGUGACCUCAGCACCUGACCUGACCGGCUGACCUCAGCACCUGACCUGACCGGACAGGGUGACCUCUGCACCUGACCUGACCGGACAGGGUGACCUCAGCAGCUGACCUGACCGGCUGACCUCUGCACCUGACGGAGCCGGCCCGGAAGGACGCGCCAGCUGAGCUGUGUACCUGUGGAAAGGCAGCAAAGGACCGGCGCCCGAGAAGGACUGGUGAUGUAGCGCGGCUUGUUUGGGGAGUGUUUGACACCUUCUACUGGACACUGGAGAAGGGGCUAAUCUGUCGAAAUCAAUCACCCGAGAUCGAACAUGAUGGAACUGCUGUGGCCGUGGAAACGGCCAACGUUCAACAUCAACUUCUUCAACAACAUGAAGACGCACAAUGGAAACAAAGAGAACAUCAGCAGCUCGUCGCACGGCUACGACAAACUCACCACCUGCGACGAACGCCAUAUCGGAGCCGUCCAGCUCGGCUCUGACCACCGCCAUGUUGGAGCAGGCCAGCUGGGCUCAGAUGGCCGCCCUAUUGGACUGACCGAGCUCGGCUCGGCAGCCGCUGCUCCGUCCCGGCUCCCGCCCCCGGCCCCACCCCCGGCGGCAGCGCGACACUCGGCCAAUGACGCCACCCCCGACUCAGAGGACUUCAGUCUCACUGACGACGAAGAUGACCGCACAUGUAUCGUCUGUGACCUGACCUUCGUCACAAGAACACACCUUCGAUACCACCAGAAGAAGAAGCGCCAUUACGGGUGUUCUGUCUGCGAGGACGUGUUCUGCACGCGGAUCGCGCUCGAGUACCACAAGGAGGAGGCCGACCACUGGACCGCCUCGGAUGACGAGGACGAGUUCAUGAACCAGCCGGACGAGCAGGCCAUGGAGAGCGAGGACGACGAGCAGCUGCUCUUCUACUAAACGGCUGCUCUCUUCUACCGGUCUGCUGGGGUCAGAGGCGGCGGCAGGGAGGGCGGCUCCUCCGCUACUGGCGUGGUAACUAGCUCCUCUUCUGCUGACGUGGUGACCAGCUCGUCUUCUACUGACGCUGCGGCGACACGGCGGCUACUCUUCUACUGACGUGACGGAGUCCCACAGGGGCCGGCGGUUUCCUGCGGUU